CAAAAUUGGACUUUACCCUUUGCUUUGCUUUGCCAACUCAACGAUGAUGAUGCAACGUAGUACUCCUCCUCCUCCUCCUACCCGGAGAUGCAUCAUCAUGCAUCAGAAAAAGCCGAAAAGGUUUCUCGCCUCCCCAGAAAAGAAGAUGAUGCAAGUCUUGUUGCGUGCGUUGGACAAGUAAGCAAGCAACGAGGACUAAUGGACAAGUCAUCGCAAGGUUUGAUGCCCUAAUUCCAAGGCGAUGGCCAGUUUCCUCAUGUCUUGUCUUGUCUUGUGGACCAAGAUACUACUGCCGUAGACAAUACUCCUACACGAUGAAGGUGCAGGAUUCGCGUCCUGCAGCAGCAGCACGGAGAUUACGGAGGUUCGGCGGAUUCGGCUUCGGCUACUGUAGUAGUACUGCGGUGGGACGAAGCUGAAUUUGCAGCACCGUUUACUGUAGCGCGAAGCCGGCUGCGGUCAAGCUGUGUGCACACUACUCCAUUACAUACAUACAUUUUGCACACUACUCCAGUAGAGAAGUCGAGCAGAGCAACGGCGUCCUUCAUUUCUGAAUUCUGAUCAUCAUUCAUUCACGCGCAAUUGUCACUCUGCUCUGCUGCUCCCAUCCAUCCAUCAGCUGGGAAAGGAAUCCGCAGCCAUGGGGGGCAGGCAGGCCGUACGAGAUAAUGGCGGCAGGAGAGGAGAGGAGAGGACGUCAGGGCGUCAGACGGGACCCUCGCCCUCCCUAGCAAUGCAAAGCAAUCCAUUCCCGCCUGCCUGUGCCUUGCCUUCCCCCAUUGGCAUUGCACUCCGUCUCCCUCCCUCCUCUUCCACUCCACUCCACUCCCUCUCCUUGCCGGCCUGAAGCCAAGCUCACUCCCCUCUCCUUGCCGCCAACACCAGUCGCCAGUCACUACUCCACCCCGCUUGAGCCUCGAUGCUGCAUCCGUGGUGCCUCCUCCUCACCUUCCUCCUCUUCCUCUGCCUGCCGCUCGCCGCCGCCGCCGCCGCCGCCUCCGACGCCGCGCUCCUCCUCGCCAAGGUCAGGCCCGCGCUCCAGGGCCGGAACCCCAACGCCCAGCUCGCCACCUGGAACGCCUCCACCCCGCUCUGCCUCUGGCGCGGCCUCCGCUGGUCCACCGCCCCCGACGCCCGCCCGCUCCGCUGCGACACCGCCGCCGCGCGCGCCAAUCUCUCCCUCGCCCACGACCCCUCCCUCCUCCUCGUAUCCAUCCGCCUCCCCGCCGCCGCCCUCGCCGGCACCCUCCCGCCCGAGCUCGGAGCCUUCUCCGCCCUCGACUCCAUCUACCUCGCGGCCAACCGACUCACCGGCCCCGUCCCGCUCGACCUCGGCAACGCGCCCGCGCUCUCCGCGCUCGACCUCUCCGCCAACCGACUCUCCGGCCCCCUCCCGACCGCCAUAUGGAACCUCUGCGACCGCCUCGCCGACCUCCGCCUCCACGCCAACGCUCUCGCGGGGGCCAUCCCCGCGCCCGCCGGCCCCAACACCACCUGCGACAGCCUCCGAGUCCUCGACCUCGGCGCCAACCGCUUCUCCGGCGCCUUCCCCUCCUUCCUCACCGCCUUCCGAGGACUCCGCCGCCUCGACCUCGCAGCCAACCGCUUCCAGGGGCCCAUCCCGGAGGCCCUCGCCGGGAUGGACCACCUCCAGGACCUCAACCUCUCCUGCAACAACUUCUCCGGCCAGCUGCCACCGACCUUCGCGGCCUCCCGCUUCACGGAGGCUGCCUUUCUGGGCAACCACCCUUCGCUGUGCGGCCCGCCGCUGCGCAACCAGUGCGUGUCCUCCUCCGGCCUCAGCUCCCGCGGCGUCGCCGCCAUGGUCAUCGGCCUCAUGGUCGCCGCCGUCGUCCUCGCCUCCGUCUCCAUCGGCUGGGCCCAGGGGAGGUGGAGGCGGCGGGACGCCACCGCGCAAGGAGGGGAUGAGGCCGAUGACGACGGCAACGAACAAGAGGGCAGGCUGCUGGUCUUCGAGGGCGGCGAGCACCUCACGCUGGAGGAGGUGCUCAAUGCCACCGGCCAGGUGGUCGACAAGGCCGCCUACUGCACCGUGUACAAGGCCAAGCUCGCCAGCGGCGGCGGCAGCAUCGAGCUGCGCCUGCUCCGGGAGGGAUGCUGCAAGGACGCCGCCUCCUGCGCGCCCGUCGUGCGCCGCAUCGCACGCGCGCGCCACCACAACCUCGUGCCGCUCAGGGCCUUCUACCACGGCAGGCGCGGCGAGAAGCUGCUGGUCUACGACUACUUCCCGCGGACCCGCACGUUGCACGGCCUCCUGCACGAGCAGCACGACGGAGGCGAGGCCCGCCCGCUGCUCACGUGGCCGCGCCGCCACAAGAUCGCGCUGGGCGCCGCGCGCGCGCUGGCGUACCUGCACGCCGGCCAGGGCGAGGCGCACGGCAACGUGCGCUCGUCCAACGUGCUCGUGGACGACCUCUUCGUGGCGCGGCUGGCGGAGCACGCGGUGGACCGGCUGCUGGUGCCGGCGGCGGCGGAGGCGGUGCUGGCGGCGGCCAAGGCGGACGGCUACAAGGCGCCGGAGCUGCACUCCAUCAAGAGGUGCAGCGCGCGCACGGACGUGUACGCCUUCGGGAUACUGCUGCUGGAGCUGCUCAUGGGAAGGAAGCCGGCGGCAGACCUGCCGGCGGCGGUGAAGGUGGCGGUGCUGGAGGAGACGGCGCUGGAGGAGGUGCUGGACGCGGAGGUGGUGAAGGGGCUGCGCAUGAGCCCCGCGGAGGAGGGGCUGCUGCAGGCGCUGAAGCUGGCGAUGGGCUGCUGCGCGCCGGUGGCGGCGGCGAGGCCGACCAUGGCGGAGGUGGUGCGGCAGCUGGAGGAGAGCCGGCCCAGGACCCUGCAGGCGCGGUCGGCGCUGUACAGCCCGGCGGAGAGCAGGAGCGACGCUGGCACGCCCAACACCGCCUAGCCUCCUAGCAAGCUUGGAAUCAGAGCGACGCCUCCCUGGUCCUGCAAUCAGAGCUUCCGAAUCGGACCAGUUACUGUACUAGUGUUGUACUCCUACUAGCUAGGAAAUCAUUACUUAUAAAUGUAA